GCUGCGCGGGCACCAUGAGACCCGAGGCUGCGGCCGGAGCCCGGGAGGCGCGGGGGCGCGUCUGUCAGUGUCCCGCGGACGGUCCCCGGAGGCCACCGCCGCCGCGCAGGCCCGAGAGCCCCACACCAUGGAGACCUUGGAUCCUCACACCCCAAGAAGCUGAGCUGACCAGAACCGGAAGCCGGCUUGAACCUGAAGGUGACCAACAAGCUCCGGGAUCAAAGGGGGCCUUUGGGUUUCAGCAUCCUGUAAGACUUUAUUUACCCAUUUCAAAGCGCCAAGAGUAUCUGCAGAGUUCUGGGGAAAAAGUGCUGGCCAGUUUCCCAGUGCAAGCCACAAUUCAUUUCUACAAUGACGAAUCUGAUUCAGAUGAUGAAGAACAAGAGGAAGAAACCCAGUCUUCCAAUCUUCAGAGUCAGGCGGAGAAUGGCCCAGGAGGGAAGGACAGAGGUCAGCUGACAAACCCAAGAUGGAGUUCUGUAGGACAGAGUGGCCUCGGUGGUAAGGGUCGACUCCCUCAUGGUGACUCUCUGGGGGGCACAGAGUGUGCCUCGCCCAAAUAAAUGGGGUAUCUCUCCCACACCAGACUUGGCUCACAUGUGCUCUUGGGGACAGCUGUGCAUUUCCCCUGGUAUACAGGGUUUGGGGACUAUCUCUGGCCAACAAGAACUUAGCUUGUAACUUUUCCUGCUCCUGGAGGUUCUCUUCAGGGCACUCAUGCAUACCAUUGAGAAAGGAACCAGGAGGUUUGUGUUGACAUGGGUUGUUAUCAGAUGGGACCAACUUUCAAGGCACAUUCAUAUUGUCACUCUGCCAUCCAAUGACAGAUUAUUCCAAUAUAGAUUAAUAACCCACCGAUGCCUCUCACUUCACCUCAGACUCAUUAUGUAGCUAUUUCUGCUUUUGUAAACAAAAGGAUUUAGACAUUGUCCAAGGGUGGAUGUGUUUGCUUAGUGGCAUUUCAAAAAAAUUUAUGAAAAAUAAAACUGAAUAACUUCCAUAAGAGUAACAAAAACUUUAAAUAUGGAUUUCUAGGGGAAUAAUUUCGGUUUAAAAUUUAUGAUCCUUGUCUAAGGGCUGAGUAUAUGAAGAUAUAGAGAAAAGAGCUUUAACUCUUAGUUGGGAACUGGUUUGGGCUUGUUACUUGAAUAAAAUAACACUGUUUUCAAUCAAAUUAUCUAAUAUAAAAUUAUUUUCUUUUUUUAUAUUUUGAUGAUCAAAUGAUUGUGUUCCACAAGUUUGUUUUAAACUAUCUUAUAUAUGAUUG